AUGAAAUACCUGCUACAACGAAAGGAGGGUGCCCCCAUUAUUGUUUUUUGUGAACAAAUGUGCAAUGCACUUUCCAAACUGAGAUGCAGCAAUACGAAGCGUCGAGUCUGCCGGGAAACCACACGAAGAAGAAGAAGGAGGAGGAGGAGGAGGAUGAGGGUGCGAGUCAAAGAAGUGGAACCCUAGUGGCCAGUGUGGAUGAAGGAAGCAUGCAGACAAUAAAGUGUGUGGUGGUGGGUGAUGGUGCCGUGGGUAAGACUUGCCUUCUAAUCUCUUACACAACAAACGCCUUCCCGGAGGAGUACAUCCCCACCGUGUUCGACAACUACAGUGCCCAGAUAAGUGUGGACGGCCGCGCCAUCAGCCUCAACCUGUGGGACACGGCUGGCCAGGAGGAGUACGACCGCCUGCGCACCCUCUCCUACCCCCAGACCAAUGUCUUCAUCAUCUGUUUCUCCAUCGGCAGCCCCUCCUCUCAUGCCAACGUACGACACAAGUGGCACCCAGAGGUAUCCCACCACUGUCCUGGAGUUCCAGUGCUGCUGGUGGGCACCAAGAAGGAUCUGCGUGGAGAUGUGGAGGCGGUGAAGAAGUUGAAGGAGCACGGCCUGGCCCCCACCAACCAACAGCAGGGCAAUGCCUUAGCCAAGCAGAUCGGCGCCGUCAAAUACCUGGAGUGCUCAGCUCUGAUGCAGGACGGUGUGAGGGAAGUGUUUGAAGAGGCCGUGCGAGCUGUGCUCUACCCCGUAACCAAGAAAAAUGGCAAGAAGUGUGUUGUGUUAUAACUAUGUGCCUAGACUGUAGGGGGACUGGGGGAAGAGACUAACGAUUGGCGCUGCCAUUUUGGCUCCCAUUAUGCCUUCCACGUUCUAAUCCUCGCCACGUUUUUGCCUGGCUUCAAUAUUAAUUGGUUGUUUGUCAAGAGGUCCUCUACACUAAGAUGUGGUUUUAAUUGAUGCCAACAGCCUUCCUAUGGAUUUUUUUUUUGUAUCUGAAUUCAAAACUACAGUGACGAUGCUGAGGGAUUUCAAUGGUGCCUUCUCAGCAACUUGCUGCCUUGUCCUCACUGGCUGUAUGUUUAAGAAGAUUACAAUUGAUUUGACACCUUUGCUUUUCUCCUUCAUCAGGCCAGUCUUGUAAUGUGUUGAUCUUUUUCUGUGAACUUUGCCCUUGUUUUCAUCUGAUGUGAUUUACAGGAAUGUUGUGUCAAUCAGUAGCCACUGUUAAACAUUAUGUUCAUUCCUCUGUGCCAUUACAGUAAUAGUUGUGUGGAUUGUCAAUAAGAUAGUUUGCCUUUAACGUGGUUCAUAAGCCAGGGUGACAGGAUAUCUGCCGAACUGGUAUGAGACAAGCACGGGUGUAUGUAUGACACUGUCACCCUGAACACAUGCACACUUUGAUUAGAACAGUGUCUCCUAUUGCUCUGUUACACACUCUCUUACUCUGUAAAACCAUGAGCUUGCCAUUCUGCUUUGUCAAAACAAAGUCCUGAUUGUGUCAGAGUGAAUACAGAUUUGGGUAGCUGCUAAGUAAACAGAUGCCCUAAAGAUUGUUAUUUUUGUAUUGCUGGUGGGAAAAGUCAUGAACCAAUAAUUUGAGUGUUUAGUGAUUAACACCCCCCCCCCCCCCCCCCCCAAAGUCUAACUCUGUCAGCUGACCUGCUUACGGGUAGUCAUUAUUUUUUGUCUGAAGGCAAACAGAAACCACAAGUAAACUACAUUCUAUGUUCUAUUGUAACUCAUUGAAAUCGGUGCUGAAUAAUGCUACACAUUAGGAUGUCAUAAAAGUUGUUUAGUGUUACUGGCCUCAUUGAGGAAUGUGUGUUGAAGGUACCACAUAUCAGCAGUAAUGCUGCUUAUUCCUGGCUAACUGUUAACUUAUCUAAGUGUAAUGGCAAGUAUGUAUGGCUAAUACUGCAACAGGAGCUGCAAUCCUAACAGUUACUUGUGCUGCAUGAACAUGCUUGUUGGAGAGUGGAAGGCAUAGGCCUACAUUUUUACCCAAACUACUCUAGCAGGACGUGAUGUCAUAUGGGAUCUGUAAUGAGUUGAUGUGCAGCUUCUGUAAUUAAGAGCCACAUGGUCAGCUGGUUUUUCCCAUCAGACCAAAUUCAAUUUAGUGAUGUGAAAUAUUGCAUUUUAGGUAUAAUUCAUAGAAAUUUGCUGACUGGACAAUACAUGUGGUGGAAACCUGCAGAGUCUAGCACUUGAGACCUGAAGUUGCGCUUCCUCUGUGUGGAAUUCUUUACCUUCUCAAACAGAUGGAAUUAAUUCUACCCUAACACUGACUGAUAACAGAUUGGUUCUGGUGGAAUGUAAUAGUUUUUUUUAACCAGAAACCUGCUAUGAAAUGUACAUCUAAUUGCCAAAAUAAAGGAAACACUUGAGUAAAUGAGGAAUAAAAGUAUAUUGAAAGCAGGUUCUGCCACACAGGUGUGAUUCCUGAGUUUAUUAAGCAAUAAACAUCCCAUCAUGCUUAAGACCAUGUGUAAAAAUGCCCAGUUGCCUGUUAUUUUGGCAACCAUGGCAAGAAGAGAUCUGUUACUUGGAAAGAGGGGUCUCAAAUGAGCAUGGGGGUUUAAAGGAUGUGUGUGUGUCAGUCACCAGAUCGCAACCCAAUUGAACACAUGGGAGAUACUAGAGCGGUGCCUGAGACCGCAUUUUCCACCACCAUCAAUGAAACACCAAAUUAUGGAAUUUCUCAUGUAAGAAUGGUGUCCAAUAGAUUUCCAGACACUUGUAUAAUCUAUGCCAUGCUGUUCUGGUGGUGCAUUGUGUCCCAACGCCCUAUUUAGACAUUUUAUGUUGGUGUUUCCUUUAUGUUGGCAGAGACCUGUAUAACAGGUUAUAAUGGUUCAAUUAAGUAUUUUUAAGUAGACCUAUAUAUUCCCUUAUUACUUUGGUGCUCAAUUCCAUUCUGUACUGCAGACUAAAGAGUGUUGGUUGUGGUAUUUAUGAUCCAAGAGAGACAUUUUGGUAUUCAUUUUAUAUUCCAUUUAAUUCCAGAUACAAGUGUCAUGGUCUUUACCUUUAUGUGUAAAGACUCAACUUUAUAUAUUUUUGAUUCAAUCCUUUUUUACAAUAAGUCAAUGUGUGUACUGUACAAUAAAUAUUUCAGAUAAACGAUUA